AUGAACGCAGUUGAAUCGUUUCCAAAAAUUAAUAUAAUCGAAGGUAUUGGAAUACCUGAUUUUUGGGAUGCUGAAAUUUUUCGUUCGGCAUUGAAUUACAAAGCACAAUCAGAUGAUAUCUUUCUUGUUGUGUAUCCGAAAUCGGGUACAACAUGGAUGCAAGUUAUUCUAUAUACACUUAUGAAUAAUGGUGAAGCAUUCGAUAAUAGUAUGGGAGAGUAUUUUGCACGCACACCUUUUCUAGAAUUAGUUGGUGAAAGAGGCAUGAAAAAUAUGCAUAGACCAUGUGUUAUUAAAACUCAUUUAUCUUUCGAUCGUGUUCCUUAUCACAAGAAUGCUAAAUAUAUCUGUGUAGUACGUAAUCCAAAAGAUGUAUAUGUUUCUUUUUAUUACUUUCUUUCCAAAAUAUUUAAUAUUCAACCGAACCAAACGUUAUUUGAUACAUUUUUUGAAGCUUUUAUCAAUGGGAAUGUUCCUUCUGGUGAUUACUUUGAACAUCUACAUUCCACUUGGCAACAUAAAGAUGAUGCCAAUGUAUUUCUAACAUCUUAUGAAGAUAUGAAACGUGAUUUACCCGAAGUUAUUCGUCGAAUUGCUCAAUUCAUGAAUAUUGAACUCAGCAACAAUUUGCUUGAGCAUAUUGCUACUUAUUCAUCAUUUAAUUAUAUGAAAGAACGGUUUCACAAGGCAUACAUGGCUCAAGCACGUAUUGCACUAGCUAACGAAGCGCUCGAUGAACCCUUGCCUGCUGAUAGAAUAACCUUGCAAAAUUUCAAUCGUCGUGUAAUGGUGCGAGAAGGUACCACCGGCAACUGGCCUUCAGUCAUGAGUGAAAAACAAUCGCAACGUCUUGAUAAAAUCUUCGCUGAAAAGACGGCAGACAUGCCUGGAGUGGAUAAACUUUUUCUACCAUAA